AUGUGCAGAUGCAUUAUUUUUUCUGGAAAUGUGAUUAACUAUCCAAAGAAGUCAAGGAGAAAGAGGAAUGUGACCGUGUUUGUUCUUCUGGGGCUCACACGGAACCAAAAGAUGCAGAAAAUUGUAUUUGCUGUGUUUUUGGUCAUCUACAUUGUCUCUGUGAUCGGAAAUUUGCUCAUUCUUGUCACCAUUACACACAGUCGAUUGGUAAGGUCCCCUAUGUACUUCUUCCUUGCUUAUCUCUCCUUUAUUGAUGCCUGCUAUUCUUCUGUCAAUAACCCUAAACUGAUUUUUGAUUUGCUUCUUGAAAAAAAGAUUAUUCAAUUCAAUGGAUGCAUGACCCAAGUCUUUGGAGAGCAUUUCUUUGCAGCUGCUGAAGUCAUCCUGCUUACUGCAAUGGCUUAUGAUCACUACGUGGCCAUCUGCAAGCCCCUGCACUAUGCAACCAUUAUGAACAGAGUAGUUUGUAACCUGCUAGUGGGGGUGUCAUGGAUGGGAGGGUUUCUUCAUGGAAUCAUUAUUGAUUUACCUUUCUGUGGCCCUAAUGUCAUAGAUCACUUUAUGUGUGAGCUUAACCCUCUGCUUGAACUGGUCUACACUGAUACCCACAUUCUGGGGCUCUUUAUUGCUGCCAACAGUGGGUUUAUCUGUCUAUUAACAUUUCUACUUCUUCUGGGCUCCUACACAGUUAUCCUGUACUCAUUAAGAAACCACAGUGCAGAUGGGAGAUGCAAAGCCUUCUCUACUUGUAUUUCCCACAUCACAGUGGUUGCAUUAUUCUUCUUGCCCUCCAUAUUUGUAUACAUGAGACCUGCAACUACUUUACCUAUUGAUAAGGCAGUUGCUGUGUUCUACACAAUGAUAACUCCCAUGUUAAACCCUUUAAUCUAUACUUUGAGAAAUGCUCAAAUGAAAGAUGCUAUUAGGGGAUUGUUAAAUAGAAAAAUUCAUUCAGAAGACAAAUAAAUAUAUUUCUUUUUAAAUCUGAAAAGAAUUAAAUGUACAUUUUAGAUGACUUCAUUUAGAACAUUUAUACCAUGAAGAAUAAAACAGCUGUCAUUUAUGAGGUGGGCUUGAAGGAAGUAGAAAUAAGAACCACAGAAUGGAGAAACCUAACACAAUAUAGGUUAGGGUUGUACUACUGUUAUAGCUCUUAUUUUUUAUCUCUAAUGCCUAUUCAGCACUAAUUUAUUACUCUGUCUCAGCUUAGAAAUAAAGGUGACCCACAUGGUUAUUCAGGUCAGAUUAUUCUGAUUUCUGUUUCAACUAUCAUAUUCAUUAUCUAAUCAUAUAAAAUAAACCUUUGGAAGUUGAGUAUUUGCUACUGGUAGCCUCAGACAUGUGGUGAUACACAUAUUAAGAGAAAUGGGUUAAAUUUAUAUGUAGGAGUUAGCCAAUUAAAAGCUAGAGCUAAGAGGCCAUGUAGUGAUUUAAAUAAUACAGUUUCUAUGUGAUUAUUUUGGGGCUAAGUGGCUGGGAACUAACUAGUGGCCUCCUCAC